UUUUCCACACUGCUGCACACCACCACUGUUUGAUGCUCGCGUACGUGUGCGCGCACCGAUGUGAGAGGGCCACAAAGGAAUAAACUUCUACAGUUAUUUGUGCCGCAAGAUAAAAGGAAGUAGCGACUGGCUGAGAAGAGGGGAGCUGACGAGUUUCUGAAGCCUGGCACUCCUUGAGUCUGAAAGUUUGAUUUUCAGUUGAGUUGUUUACUCAUCGCUGUCUGAGAACCUUCACAGCGGGGAGUCGAAAGGUGACUCUUGAACUGCAUGCAGAGGAAUUUAAACAGAAGCAGAGAUUUUCUGUGCUGUGACUGCUCGGAGUGUCAUUUUGUACCCUUAUCCCCCUUUUUGAUCAGUCUUUGGAGAGACAAUGGACGCCUCAUUUUUAUAUGACACAGACUACAAUCAGACCCUGGUGGAUGAAAAUUUUUACUGGGAGGAAAAUGUUGACCGUUUUGGCAUCGUGAUGGCCUUUCUCUAUCUGGUGGUUUGCAUCGUGGGGCUAGCUGGGAACUCGCUCGUUAUUGUCGCCAUUUUAAAGUUUGACAAAAUGUCGUCUUCCACCACAGUCUACAUUUUCAACCUGGCGCUGGCCGACGGACUAUUCAUGGUUGGUCUCCCCUUUAUAGCGAGCCAGAACUUCCUGAACCACUGGCUGUUUGGAGACGUGGCGUGCAAAGCAGUCAUGGUGCUGGACGGCAUCAACCAGUUCACCAGCGUCUUCUGUCUGACGGUGAUGAGCAUCGACCGCUACAUGGCGCUGGUCGAGCCGCUUCGGUUUGCCCGUUGGAGGACCCCGCGGUGCGCCAAGAUAGUUUCAUCACUCCUGUGGCUGUUCUCCCUCCUCACCAUCCUCCCGAUGGCGCUUCACUUCUCGGCCGAACGUGGCUUUUGCACGCCAGCCCUCGUUUCAGACGCCUGGUUGCUCGGCGUCCUCUCUUACACCUUUAUCUUGGGCUUCGCUUUACCGUUUACAGUCAUGACGGCUUUCUACGCGGCACUGCUCCUCACCUUGUGGGUUCAGAGAUCUCGGGCCUCAACGCCAAACCCAGAGAGCCAGCAGCUGGAGCAGCAGGUCACCAAAAUGGUGGUCGCAGUGGUGGUCGUGUUUGCCUUGUGCUGGCUGCCAUUUUACACCUUCAACUUCUGCUCCCUGUACCAAAGCGGCUUCGUCCUGACCUUCUUCAGGGCUUUUGAGUUUGUGGUCCUGCUUUCCUACUCAUGGAGCUGCGCUAAUCCUAUCCUCUACGCCUGCCUCUCUGACACCUUCAGGAGGCACUUCUGCACCCUACUCUGUCCCGUCACCAAGUCCUCUUCCAGCAUGCAAUGCAACACUGAGCAGCAGGACCUAAAUGACCCAGUGGUGUGUGAUGCCACCAUUACCCCAUAAAAAAGAACAAUUCUGACUGUGCUUUCAUUCACCUCGUGUCAUGAUUCACUUCUUUAACUACAGUUACUUGUUUAAUGUAUUGUAGGUCCCUAAUUCACUUUGAACUUGGCAGUUUGAUAUCAUUUGGAUGAGUGGUUUUCAUAUUUUGACUAAAAAUUAUUCCCUUACCAGUGUUUGCACUGGUGUGAUUGCUGUCUGCGACACUGUGUGAAGGUGCGUAGACCAUACAUACACACACAGAUAUGUUUUUUGACUCUUACCAUCACAACGACCCACUUAUCCUAGCCCUGGGCUAAGCUAAAUUUCAACUUUAACACUAAUACCAAGAUUUAACCCUUAAACACGGUAACAAUCAUCCAAAAGGUUCAAACCUUUAUAAAAUUUCAUUAAGCUGAUGGCCCCAAACUCAAAGUGGUCAUCACAAAAACAGCUGGACAUGCUUCAUUUUAGUUUUCUUUGUCUUUUGUCUUUCACAAGUGAAUUCAGGCGCUCACUGAUGUGGUUUGGAUGAGCUGUAACUCCCAUUCUGCACAGCCAAGUUUUGAAAAGGCACAAUCACACACUCUUUCAGAGAGAGUGUAUCCUUGUAAUAGCUGCAGUUUGUUUAAAAACAAGAACUUUAUGAUUGCCUGCAUGAAGGGGGCUGCAACGAUCCGGAUCGGUGUUCUGGCACCUUCAGUAAAUGAGUAAUUAUUCUGAUAGGUAGGUAGUACAGAGCUCAUCUUUCAUCUGCUGCAGCCUGGCAUUGCUUCCCGCUGACGUCACGGAGAUAACAGUAAUUAGAUAAUAACGAUAUUGCUUACACCUUCAACGCAUCCUUUCUUCCUUUUUGUCCCUGCGAUGCGUUCAUGGUGCAGAUGUCAAAGUUGUGCUUGCAGUACUUCAACAGUUACCUACUACAGGAGAGCCGGCAGCAUAAACGGACUCAGGUUUUAAAGUGGCGGGUCAUUCCAAAUUCAUCCCUUCAAACAGCUCACAGAUGUCAGCAAACAUAAACUUUUUCUAACACUGUGUCUUUGUAGCUAAAUGUAAAAUUGCUGAAUGUCCCGGGGAGAGAAAAAAAAUGUUAAUGUGUGACGCUCUCAGAGGUGGACAAAAAAAGUAAGAAAGCCCGGACAGGAGAGGAAGAUGAGUGUUUUUAUUUUUUCACUCAGCAAGUGACUUUUGAUAAACUGAUAAUUCUGCUUACUUAUAAAAUCAUAAUAAAUUUCACAGUUCUUUUUAACUGGAUAUUAGAUCGAUACACGAGGCGUUUUUCUCCACUUGGAGUGAACAUUUAUUCCUUAAGCCUUUAAAGCCUCAGGUGGGCGGAUUUGAUGUCUUUCUGACUGCAGUUGUGACUUUGAUUCUUUUCAGCACUACAUCAAAUGCAGGUUUAAACACUUCUUAAAAAGAUCUUUCACAGCAUAAAAUCAAGAAUACAAAAUCAACAACAGGCAGCAUAAUUACAUCUGAUUAGAUGAUUUCCAUAUCACUCUCUGUAUUUAAAUAUCAUGUCUCUGGCUCAAACCUAUUGUGUAAUUUGUCAUCCAAGAGCUCAGACAUUUUGGACAGCGUGCUUUUAUGAAUAUCCUGCUGUAGUGCUCUUCAGCAGCGCUAAUAUCACGUGGCACUAGAGGGAUGAGGUGCGGACAGAUAGAGUGCAAACAGAAUAACACGGGUCACACGCUUUAGGCUGCGCAAACACAUACAUGCACAUACACACUUAGCAAAUGACAUCUCCCACAGCUGGAUUAUAUCCCAGUGGCUAUACAUGUAGGGGGGCAUCAGAUGAGUGUAUUUGCGCUUGGACGGUCAUGAGUGUGUUUUUGUGUGCAGCCACUUUCACAGAGGAAGCUACUGCAUCUCAAACACCUUUGUUAUUCUGCUUGAUGGUGACACAUAAAAAGACACUUAAGGAGUUCAACAGGGUGAAAGGAAACGCACAUCGUGGCCGUGAUGAAGACGAAAAAAACCAACAUUUAUUCUGCGUUUGGUCGUUCUGUAAAUGUAGGCUUUACCCCCACCCCGGGUGAAAACCCCGAGUUUCUUCAUCUCACUGACUCCGAAUUAGGAUGUAAUCCAAUAUGGAUAGAAAGGAUUUUUAAAACCAACAUUAUCCAUCAAUCCCAAUCAAUCCAGCAAAUACAUGCAAAUGAAUGUGGGAGAUUUUCCUUGAACAACGGUAACAUUUCUUGAUUGCUUCUUUCAUGCAGUAAUUCUUUGGUUUUGGGAUUUCAGUUCAACACCAAGACUGCUUCCCUCUAUCGUAAUUGUAAGAUUUAAUGAAAACACGGGCUAACAAGGAUAACAGUUCUUAGCUGCUGGGUAUUUACAGGUACUGAAUCACUUAAGGAGUACUUUUAUUUCUGAUCAUUUCAGUCAGGCUUGCUUAGACUGUUUUACUUCAACUAUAGAAAGGCAUGUCCUACUGGGAGGAGGCCCCGGGGCAGACCCAGGACAUGCUGGAGAGAUUAUAUCUCUCGGCUGGCCUGGGAACGCCUUGGGGUCCCCCCGGAUG